AUGUGGCUACUCAUAAUUAUAAUACAUAAACGGUAUCACGGAGCACCGCGAUGCGUCGAUGUCGUUGUUACGCGUUAUCUUUUGAAGUUUGUCGUCGUAACAUCCCGUGAUUACUUGGCGCUAGUGUUGCUAACCGCUCACCACGUGUUGCGCACCGACUUGGCCGGGCCCAGCGAUUGGACCGAAGCGCCACAGUUGAGCUCCGCGCCACCUCGACCGAUACGCAAACGAUCCCAUGUACCAGGUUCCCAGAAACCUAGAGGAGAUCGUACCGCAUGCCUUCACAAUCAAGCGUCUGUUUCGCUCACUCUAUCGUUGACCUUAUCGGUUAGAGUAGUGAGGAAUGUCAUCGCGCCUUUCAGUUUUAGAGAAAAUUACAUCGUCCCACGUUUAUAUAAGGUUUAA